GUCCCUAGGGACCUCCGAAUCUGUCUGGGGCCCAGGCGGUGGAAUACGCGUGGUGGGGACGGAGGGACCAGAGAGGUCCUGCAAGGCCGCCGUUUCUCGCGUUCAUUCAUUCACUGCGUGUCUGUCGGCCCGCCUUUAGGCGCCCGGAGCCAGAGUGUGAAUUAGGAGCCUGCAGACGCGCAGGCAGGCGUUCAUGCAAAGAGGACUGGACUCAGAAACCAAGAAACAGCUAGAAGAGGAAGAAAAGAAGAUCAUUAGUGAAGAGCAUUGGUACUUGGAUUUACCAGAGCUUAAAGAGAAGGAGAGUUUCAUAAUAGAAGAGCAGAGUUUCUUGUUAUGUGAAGAUCUGCUCUAUGGAAGAAUGUCAUUCAGAGGAUUCAAUCCUGAAGUUGAGAAACUAAUGCUUCAGAUGAAUGCUAAGAACAAAGCGGAGGAGGAAGAAGAAGAUGCCACAGUAGAACUCGAUGUGUCAGACGAGGAAAUGGCUAGAAGAUAUGAAACCUUGGUGGGGACAAUUGGAAAAAAGUUUGCCAAGAAGAGAGACCGUGCCAAUUAUGAAGAAGAUGAAAAUGGAAACAUGAAACCAAUUAAAACAAAGAAGAUGUUCUUAAAGCCCCAAGAUUAAAAUGGACACCUCCAAAUACAGCUCAGGGAUCCUGUGAAAGCAGCAUAUUUUAGAGUUCAUCCUGAUGGUCUCUGUAGUUGCUAAUACGUAAUAUUUAUUUGUAAAGAAAUGUAUGAUUUGGGGAACAUUCUGUUUUGAAACAGAUGUGUGGUGGAUGUUACACAUCCUUUUCCUAGCGGCAUUCAUCAGGAGCACAGCGCCAGCCCUCGGCCUCCAGGUCACAGCGGGCAUAGGGCUGCUCGCUGAAGAGUUUUUGACCUCAGAUUUUUUAAAAUGUAGUUUUCCAGUCACUGACCUGUAGCAGGCUCCUAACCGCCAGGGUUCCAGUUGCCCUUGUGUAAUAUUUUGCUUUAAAUUAUUAAUCAUGUCAAUCCAAUUCAUGCAUUCACUUUGGACUCAGAUGUCACAAGAAUUCAUUAUAAGUUAAUUCAUCAAGGACAAACAUAACCUGAAGCAUUUGUAGACUACCAGUUCAUUGUCAGUCUUGGGGUAGUUUGUUUUGGAGGUUAAGGCAUUUAAUUAAAGUUCUGCAAUAAACGUGUUUUCACACAUU